CCGAAAAGGACCCCACCAUCCUCCCGUAACGCCUUCCCAACCUUCCUCUCCCGCACGCUACCAAGCCCACCAAAAAUCUACAGAAAACAGACCCAUAAACCGCUAGGGUUGCCAAAACCGCCGAGAUUUCCAGGGAAGAAACCACUCCCACGUCCUCAUCAAUCUCACCUGUUUGACACAUUUUGCACGUGAAACUCGUCGCACCAGAUUAUUAGGGUUUUUCUCCCAAUUUUGCCUAACUACUAUACUCAAAACGAAGCGAGGAUUUGUUUUUCAUGUUAGGCGAAGAGUUCAUGACUUAUGAAUGGAGAUUAUUAUCUCUAAUUUUUUCUCGAAUAAUUCGAUUUUUCUCGCUGUUGCUGCCCUCUUGAUUACCGCCCUAGGUUGCGUUUUCGGAACUCUCUUCACCGUUCGAUCAAAAGCGAAAUUUUCCGGCGGUUUCUGUUGCUCUUGUAAGGGUAAUUCGGGAACUUUUCAUACGACGGCGUAUCUCAACGGUGUCAUUACUGGUUUGGAGGACAAUUCUAGGAGUGGGGAAGAAGAAAUGGUUGAGAAAGUGGCGGCGGUGGUGCCGCCGGAAAAGCAGUCCGGUGCUUCGAUGAUGGAGCAGUUGGUGCCGGAGAUCACUACGCAUGCUUUGAGUUACUUGGACUAUCCGAGUUUGUGCAGGCUUUCCAUGACUAAUUCACAGAUGCGUAAGGCUGCCAAUGAUGAUAAUGCAUGGAAAGCUCUCUAUCACAAGGAUUUCACAUUGGAGCAGGAUAGUGUGAUUCCAGUUAAUGGAUGGAAGGCCUAUUAUGCAGCUACAAGAGCCAUUGUGAACAUUAACAAUGAAUUUUUUCGCAUCAUUAAAGAAAGGUCACUUGCAGAAAUGGGUCAUUUCUGGCUAAAUGCAGAUUAUGUGAAGUGUUUCCAUGCUUCUGGAGAGUCCUUUACUGGAUACAGUGCGGUCAUGCAAAGCUGGCAGCUAGCUUUUAACUGGGAGCAAGGUUUUAAUUUUCAAGUUCAAGAUGUAAGGGCACGGGUACUAACAGAUAUGGCUUGGGUAGCCAUGAAAGCUUAUGUUGACAUGGAGACUGGGCCAUUCAAUGUGACUAAUAUAUUUGAAUUCCAUAAUGGAAGGUGGUACAUGGUCCAUCAUCACACCUCAGUGAUGAUGGUAAAUGGAGGCGCCGAACAACAAAUGAUGCAGGGUUAGGAAGCAUAGUCUCAAAGCUUAAGUUACAAGGAUGAUGGUAUUUAUUAAAAUUUGAAAGUGGUACAGUUUUUUUCUCUUCUUACGAGGGUCCCUUGUCUAUGAUUCCUUGGAAGAUCCUAUGUAACCUCUCUCUCUCUCUCCCCUCCCCCCCCACCCCACCCCAAGGCCCCGGUUUUUGGAAGAUUUUCUUAACCUCAGUUUUCACCUUUUUGAUGGUAAAGAAGCUACCAUCUUGCUUCUAAAAGUGGUUUACUAGUGCUGAUUUCAAUUCGGAUCAGUAAUUGAGCAAUCUUUGAGUAAGUACAGCUUUGUUAGAAACUUCAUGCGACUUUGAAAAUGAAGCGUAAGAUUGUAUCUCUUUCAUGUUGUCUUUUGUACUUCAGGAGAAAUGUAGACCCACUGCACUCAUUUAUCUUGGCUAUUUAUGCGCAUCUCUGAAUGACUCACAUUUCCGAUGUGAUUGCCUAGAGGUUGCGUGAUAUUUUAAUUAACAAUUUCUAUGCUGGGAAACUACCAGGUGAUAAUGUCUCCACUGUAGCCUUUGAUUAUGCUGCCGGUGUGGAACAGAAGCCUUGUGAUCAGCUGCCUCAAUGUCGCUGGCUAGCAACGCCGUUGAAUUUCACUCUGGUUGAUUUCAUCUAGGGAUCUAGAAUGAUUGGAUUUUUUUAAGAUGGUACGGAUGUUUGCAACUUGGAUAUAGGAUACUUUCUUCUUUUUCUUUCGGCCUGAGCUUCACCCUCUUUUUUUUUUUUUUAGGGUCAGAUCUCCAUUGUCUAUAUAAAGCCCAAUUAUCACCUAUUUCUGGGCAUAAGGCAUAGACAUUCUUCUCAUCCGUAGAUAGCACUCUUAACUGAUGAGAGAAGGGUCCGGUGCUUGUGAACAAUUUUUUCACCUUUUUCUCA